AUGGAUAAGGGAGCUGUCAAACCCGAUGAUAUGGACGCAGAUGUAUUUGUAGCUAGUAUACAGACGCUAGGACGCCAGGAUUCGAAUCGGCUGGCUGCCUACAAACCACACGAGUUUAAAUGUGUUAUCAUUGACGAAGCUCAUCACGGAACUGCUGAAGUGUAUAGAAGAGUUCUGGAUCAUUUUGGUGCCAGAGAUCCUAGCUCGAAUAUACUUCUUUGGGGCUGCUCGGCUACGUUACGUCGACAUGAUGGAGUGUCACUUGGCGAUGUAUUCCAACAGAUUGUAUACCACAAGGACGUUGGAGAAAUGAUUGAUGCAGGAUGGCUAUGCAACAUGAGAAUUCAAGUAGUUGCUACUGAGACUCAAUGGAAGAAGAAUUUAGCGGUCAGUGAUACAGACACGGAUUUUGAUCAGACUCUGCUGUCGCAAGAGAUUAAUAAUAUGUCGAGGAAUGAGAUUGUAGUGCAAACUUACAAACAAGUCGCAGUCCCAGAUGGUCGCAAGGCAACACUAGUCUUUGCUACAGAUGUAAUGCACACCAUGGCUCUAGUACAACGAUUUCGUGACCACGGAAUUGAUGCUCGAGCCGUGAGUUCAAGCACCAAAGCACACGAAAGGUCAACUAUAAUAUCCGCAUUUCGAGAAGGUGGAUUUCCUGUCUUGGUAAAUUGUGGAAUCUUGACGGAAGGUGCCGAUUUUCCCAUCAUUGAUUCGAUUCUCCUAGCACGACCCACGCGAUCAGCAGGUCUACUACUACAAAUGCUUGGUCGUGGUCUACGAACUCAUCCUGAUAAAACGGACUGUCUUGUACUUGAUUUUGUCGAUACUACAACUCACGGAACUCUAGGACAGCAGCAAACUGCCCCUACAUUGUUGGGAUUGCCAGUUGAUUUCGAUCUAGGAGAUGACGAUAUCGCUACUGCUUCUCGCCGGCUGCGUCCAAUCAUAUAUAGUGCUCCUCAGAUAUUGGAUACAGCAAAGACAAUAUCUGAAGCCGAAGACAUGUUUGAAAGCAUGCUGCAACGAAAUAAACAGGUCGAUGUGAAACUAGUCAACUACGACAAUCCAUUCACAUCCUCCGCAGACGAAGCCGAUAUGCAUGUCUUACGUAAAUACUCGAGAAACGCAUGGGUGAGAAUAGGACCACACAAGUUUGUCUUGGACUUGACAUCCAGAUAUGGCACUCUGAUAAUUGAUGGUCAAGAUAUAGCUGGCCCAAAGCAAAUAUAUAAUGUCACUCGUCGAUUCAGGCCGCCAAUCAAACCUAAAGGUGGUGGUAGCAGCUACAUCACAAAGACUAUAAAUGUAUGUUCCGCGGACUUGUUGGCUUCUGCUAUACGAGCUGCAGACACAUAUACUAUAAAGUAUCUACCUGGAUUUCAUCAUUUGAGGAAUGCCGGAUGGAGAUAUCUUCCCCCGUCAGAUAAACAGAUGGGAUAUUUGAGAAAGUUUGUGCCAUCCGUGUUGAGUCCGGAUGAUAUGAAGAGCAUGACAAGAGGACGUGCUUGUGAUCUCAUUGUCAAGUUGACUAGUGGUGCGAGAGGACAUUGGAAGGGUGUCAAGGGCAAGGCGGAUAAAAAGGCCAAGUUUAAAGCGCCAGGUGUCUUGUAG